AAAAGAAACACAAAAAGUGUUGGAUAGUUUGUACUCCAUCAGUGCCAACUGUGCGCAAACACCUGCACCAUGGAGCGAAGAUCGCGUGCGAUAUUGGCGGUCGGGAUCGUCUGCGCUCUGCUGCUGAUCGCUGGGAUCGGUUUAAGGGCUGCUGAAACCUUCCGCAAGUUGAUGCAUAAUCGCCUAAAAAAGGAGAUCAUUUUGGUCGAGGGCAGCCGGGUAUUUGAGUCAUGGAAGACUCCGCCUCCUCCUGUCUUCAUGGAGUUUUUCUUCUUCAACAUAACCAACGUAGAUGCGUUCCUGAAAGGCAGCAAGCCAGUGGUCACACAGGUUGGACCGUACACAUACAGGGAGUAUAGGUACAAGGAAAACGUGAGCAUGGUAGAAAAUGGCACGAGGGUGUCCGCAUACACGACAAAAAGCUUUGUGUUCUUGAGGGAGAAGUCUGUGGGUGACCCAGCUGUCGACCUCAUCACCACGGUCAACAUCCCUACCUGGGCUGUCAUGGACAAGUUGAAAGAAAGUUACGUAAAGGCCUACAUGGCGUCCAUCUGGAUGACCUCUCUUGGUGCCACUCUCUUCACUACACGCAAUGUGGAUGAACUGCUGUGGGGCUACGAAGACAACUUGCUGGCCUACCUUGCCACCAGCAAUCGAAACGUGGAGAAGAUUUUUGGUCUAAUGUACAAGAAAAAUGGAAGCAACGACGGGGAGUUUGUGUACCACACUGGUGAGCAGAACUACAUGGAUUAUGGCCGAGUCGAAACAUGGAAAGGUCAAAGCCAGCUGACAUUCUGGACAUCUAACCAAAGCAACAGCAUCAAUGGAUCAGAUGGAAGUGCCUUCCACCCCCUUCUGUCUAAGGAUGAACGUAUUUACAUCUUCACCCCAGACCUUUGCAGGUCAAUCUACAUGGAGUUUGAAAAGGACGUGGAGGUGAAAGGUAUCCCUGCCUACCGAUUCACACCGCCGCGGUCCGUAAUGGCCAGUAAGAAGGAAAACCCAGCCAACCAGGGUUUCUGCCUCAGCCCAGAAGAGUGCCUGGGAACUGGCCUUCUCAAAGUCAGCCCCUGUCGAAAAGGUGCUCCGGUGGUGGCCUCCUUUCCACAUUUUUACCUGGGGGAUGAGAAAUAUAUUUCUGCUAUUGAGGGAAUGUCUCCACAAAGGAUACAUCAUCAAACCUUUCUGGACCUGAACCCGACGACAGGAGUGAUUGUACGUGCAAACAAGAGGGCACAGGUUAACAUCCUGCUCCAGAGAAUCUCUGGAUUCUCGAAAACUCGAGGCCUGACUGAAACCAUCUUUCCUGUCAUGUUCAUCAAUGAGAGUGUGGUGAUCGAUGAUGCAUCUGCAGCAAGAGUACAGAAGCUCCUGCUGAUAGUCAAAGUGAUGUCCAAUUUCCCGCUGAUUAUUGUGGGAUUGGGUGCAAUUAUGCUUGUGGUUCUCACCAUCCUCCUAGUCCGUGCCCACAGACAGAAGAAUGAAGUUAAAAGCAUUGUGUUUACCAAGGCUCUCUAUGCUACCACGACAGAAGCAGAUACCACCUACAGUCCGGUCAAUGCCAAGGAAAAAGAAGAUCCCCAAAACGGAGCCUACAUUGCUAUGACACCUUCAGACAACCCGCAGUCUUGAGGAGAGGCAAGCGAAUGGACGGGGGGAGGUAGAUGGGGUUUUGUACAUGAUAAUGGUUAGAAAUUUGUGAUUUUUCACACUGGAGAAGAGAAAAUCCAGAAUUAUACAUUGUGAAAAUUCCAAUUAUAGUUAGACAUCUAACCUUUUAUUUUAUUUUUAAAGUUUUUGAUGGGUAUUGUCAGGGGCAGGGCGCAGAAUAAACAACACGUUUAAUAUUUCAGUUAACGUCAGCAGUUGGACAUUUAUUUGAUCUUGGUUUGACUGACCACUUUCUAAUGGGACGUGGAGGAUAAAUUGUGACCAGGAUAAUAAGUCCAUAAACUGUGAGCUUUUCCGUAUCAUACACCACUCUCAGGGGGCCUCUGCUUCGAUAUGAUCAAAAUGUGAGGGGAGCAAAGCGUACAGCAAGCCAUCUGUUUUUGAAGGCUCUUCAGUCAGUUCAGUAUUACUCUUGUGUUUGCCAUUUCAUUCUCAACUAUUAAAGGGGUUAUAUUGUGCCAGAUUGUUUUUCUGUUCUUCAAUUAACAGUCACAUCCGGUUGGUGUUUUAUGUUAAACAUUGUCAAAGACUGAAAAUUCUGUCUGUUCGGACAGAAAGUACUCUGCUGGAAGUAAAAUUUACGCCUGACACAGCUUGUUUUAGGCAUCUGUGACCUAUGUCACAAAAGUCCAUAUCUGGACUCUUGUUUGAUCCCCAAGACAUGAGGACUGAGCCAGACUACACUGUCAAACUGUGCUCACAUUAUUGCACUGAAACACAACUGUGUGCAUGUCUCCUCUGUUAUUUUGUGUAUGGGUAUGUGAUGCAUUCCUUUGUGCAAGAAAUGCAAUGUGCACCACAAACGUAUCACAUUGCAUUGAAAUUUCAAAUGCAUUGUAUGUUGACAAUGCACAAGCACUGACCUUUGCAUGUGCCCAUAAGUGUACGGCAGCAACUCUAGAAUUACUUCAUGUAGCUAAUGCUUGUAAUGGUGACCAGUGGGUUCAAAGCAGAAGAUAGUAUAGUGUUUUGUACUGGUAAAUAUCUGUGUGGACUAAUGCAGAGCACAAGAUGACAAUAAUGUGAACAUAUAUUAACACAGCCAAAAGCAUCUGUUGAAUGAUUUGUCAUUAUAGUGCUAAUUUCGUCAGACAAGACGAAAUAUAUUCAUCAAUGUUCUUUUUUUUCAUGACGAUGAUGAGACGGCGUCAGUGUUCUAAAACGCUGACGAAGACGAUAGUAACAUGCGUUACUGUUGACGAUAAAAGACCAGACUAAAAUGUUUUGCAUGAAAUAAAAACUGACAUAAAGUCUUUCUUAAUUUUCAUCUGCAAGCCUUAAGCCUUCAAAAUGUUUGCAUUCAGAAUGUUGCCACUGUGUUUCCUGUACUACUGCUACCACCUUGUGGCUGCAACAUGAAACUACAUGCAGCAAACAGAUCUCGUGGAAGAAAAGGCUUGAUAACUGGUCCUGUUUUAAAUAUCAUGAGACUGACAAGAAAAUCAAAUAACUAACAGUAUCUGACGGGAAGCACUGCAGAUUUAAAAUAUCUAAAAUAUAUUUACAAAUAAUUCAACAAGUGUAUUUUGUCAGGUCAUUAUGACGUUCAUUAUUUUAGAAACACUAUUGACUGAAAUGGUAAUCAGAAAUAAUGUAAAUGGGUUUUUUAAUCAAAGACUAAAAUGUCUUGACUGAAACAACACUAAAAUAUAUUCAGUUCUCUUUUGACUAACACAAGACUAAAAUAACCAGACUUUAACUUGAAUAAAACCUAACUAAAAAAAUGCAAAUGACUAUGUGAAUGAAUAAAUAUGACUGAAACUAAAAAGGACAUUUGACACAAGACUAAGACUAAAUUAAAGAACAGGUGACAGAAUUACACUACGUCAUUACCCAUAAUGCAGUGUGGUGUGGCACUACAUAGCAUGCACACUAAAUCAUUGGAAGUGUUUCUUCCGGUUUGUGUUUCUUGCUAUCCAAAGAUCAGCAAAACUGAGGGGAAAAGGCAUUUUUGCUUGAAUACUUGAGCAAAAAAAAAACAAAAAACUUAUGAAUGCACCAUUGCAUAGCGAUACAUUGCAUUAUAGGAAAUGACAAAACAUCAAAUAGAAGAGACACUAUUCUCUGAAAAUGAGGGGUGUGGCCAGCAGCAGGUCCUUUCUAUUUAAAGUGACAGGCACAUACAUAAGCUGAGAAAUAUGGGUUUACGUUGCAAUGCAUCAUCAUUGCUGUUUAUGGAGUAUUUUUAGCUACAAAAUUUUAAAACAGCUGUUGAAAAUAUGUAUAUGACCCCUUUAAUAUUAUGGCAGCAAUCAUUAAAGUUUUGCACUCAGGCACUGAUUUUGUAGAGGAUUUGCACAUGACAUCAUGAGUUUGGCCAAUCAAGUGUAAGUAUAAUUUGGAGUAAUUAUUUUGUGUUGUAUAAAAUGUCAGCACGUUCUCAAUGCUUAAAUCAUGAGGUUAGGACUUACUACAAUGAAGAGAUUGCUGUUGUGGGACAAGAUUCUGUCCAUCCAUCUGAACUGAAAGUCAUGAAAGUGUGUUU